GUACGGCCACGGCUAGAGCAGAGGCCACGGGUUACGGGGUGGUGACGUGCGGCGUCGAAAUCCAGACAAGACAACCUCUCGAGAAUCGACCGCCUCCGGCACCGUUCCGCAGCAGCGCUCGCUCGCUCGCGAGGGAGGAAAGACGCCGCGCCGGAGAAUGGCGAGGACGAGGGGCCGCGUGGGGGGCGAGAACAGGGCCGGGGCGUUCUUCCUGGCGACGCUGAUCCUGUGGCUGGUCUCGGUGCUGUUCGAGAUAGCCUUCAACGGGAGGACGGAGCUGCUGUCCGUCCUCGCGGGGUGCUGCUUCUACCAGGCCGCCAAUUGGGUCGUCCGGUCCCGCGUCUCCCGCGACCCUCUCUUCGUCAACACCGCCGUCUCCCUCCUGCACGCCACCGUCACCUCUUCCUCAGUGGUCUUCAUUUUACUUAAUUUGUGGCUAAAAGAUGGUUAUAAGGACAUCUUUGAGCAUUCAAGGUUGGUUGGGGCUACCUGGCCUUGGGCGUACAGGGCAUUAUGCUUCUCCUGUGGUUAUUUUGCAUAUGAUCAAUGGGAUAUGCUGCAGUACCGACUAUAUAGCGGUUGGAUACCUUCCAUCUUAGUGCAUCAUUUGAUACUCCUCAUAUGCUUUACUCUCGCUCUAUAUCGAAAUGUGACCAUCAACUAUCUUAUCUUGACCCUCAUUUGCGAGAUACAUUCCAUAUUUCUGCACAUGAGGAAAGUACGGAGAAUGGCUGGUAUUCGCGAUGCCAAGAACGUGGUUGUGAAGAUUGAGUGGGUUCUGAAUUGGGUCUCCUUCUUUGUUGCGAGGCUAGCAGCUCAUGUUUUCAUAACAGCAAAGCUCAUUAUAGAUGCUUCCAAAUUCGAGAAGGGCAUUGAGUUGCCACUUGCCUUGUUUGGGAUGGCUGGAAUGAACAUGCUCAAUAUCGGUCUUGGUAUUGAUCUCUUCGGUGCUUUUAAGAGAGAGAUGUGGACGUCCAAGAGUAACCAUCGCCGUGAUUGAAUGCCAUUGCCAAGCCCAAGAGUACCUAAAUUUGCUGUGCUCACACCCCUUGCUGUGUUUGGGAUGGCCAGAACGAGCUUUGCUCAAUGUCAGUCUUGGCAUCAAUCUCUUCAGGACUUAUUAAAAGAGAGCUGUGGACCUCAAAAAGUGACCGUCUCUGUGUAUGAAUGCCAUUGCCAAGCCCAAGAGUAGAUAAAUUUGUUCUAUCUUGUAAAAUCUGAUUCUUUACAUUGUCUUGUGUGUUGAAAUAUUAAAUUGAUGCAUUUUUGGAAAACCGUAAUGAACAUUGUAAAAUCUAUUUAGAUCA